AUGACGACGCCUCCGGAGAACUUUGAUUACUAUUUCUCCAAUGGCAUUAGCGACUCAAUUUGGAACAGAUGCCUUCUAGGCAAUGACUUUAUUUAUAAAUUUGGCUUCUUUUUCACACCAAUUUUUGGAUGGUCCGAACCAUAUCCAAUGGCUAUUCUUUCACUUGUCUUAUUAAUAAUUCUUCCAACUAUAUUUCGCAUUGGUCAAUUUCAAAAAGCUUCUCGCCUUUACAGUAUUUCCCGAUUAAGCAUUUUAUCGAUAUUUCAUCAAAUUAGUUAUGCGUAUACACUUAUUAAGCCAAUGGCAACCGUAAUAGGCUGUAACAGCCCAUGCUAUCUCUAUUCAACUCAAUUCAAACUUGAAUAUUCUUUACCAUCGAUGCUUGUUUCUAGUGCUGCUUUCUUUUUAUACACAGUCACAAAACUAUCCGGAUUAUCAAUGAAAUUUUUGAUUCCUGUUUGGUUUAUUUCUUUAUCAGUUUUAGGACUUUUCGCUAUUGCUGCUGGAUUUACAUCAGUAUUCCAAUUCAUAUUUACUGUGUGCUUCACAUAUAUUGUUCACAUGUGGCACCAAUACCUUCCUUUUCGUUAUAUUCAUUACGAAAAUUUAGUUCUAUUUAUUUUCUGUUUAGUUGUAUUCAUCUACUAUGGUAUUAAGUAUGGCUUACGUUUAGUUAUAUUCCAGCUGAUGUUUUCGAUUUUCUUACCAAUUAUUGACGAAGUUAUUCUAAUUAGACAUCAUCUUACACGAGGUGAUUUCUCUAUGAUUGAAAGACCUCUUGAUAUUAACUUCAAGAAUGAUUCACUUAAUGUUGAAACAAUUAGACUCCUUAAUUCAGAAGAGGAAGAGGUUUUCUACAGAAAUAUUAGAGAAGAUAUGCUCACAUCCGUCUUCUGCUUCUUCAUUUUCCUCAUCCCAAUGUUUAUCAGAAGUUCUUACAUGCCUGAUAAUUUCUUUGGCGGAUGA